CUGAUGCCGAGCUUUCUUUUCCUAUCAGAUACAGUUUCAGUAAAAGGGAAGAAGCUCGAUUUUUCUGGAAGAGGAGACAAAUACGUAAGCCUGAUCAACACCAUUCCUGAACUCAGCAGAUUCACAGUAUGCAUUGAUUUAGUAUUAAUGGAGGAUAACUCAAGUUAUUGGAUGGCCUUUUCCUAUGUUACUAAUAACACUUUCUUGGGCAGAGAAGACAUAGAUCUUGGACUUGCAGGAGACCGGCAGCAGCUAAUACUAUACAACUUGGGCAGGACCUUUUAUAUCCAUUACCAGCUGACUCCAUCUCAAUGGCACACAAUAUGCUUGAUAUGGGAUGGUGUGAAAGGCAGAUUAGAGCUUUUCUUGAAUAAAGAAGGGAUACUGUUAGUGAUGGAUCAACCACAAAACCUGACACCUAAUGGGACUCUCAUCCUAGGGAACUUUCUGAAGAAUGGCGACAGCCGGGUUAAAAAUGUGGUGCCGCGAUUUAACAGCAGCUUAUAUUACUUUCAACUUGGGGACUGCGUCCUGGAAAAUGAGGAGUUUAUGAAGUGCUUAGAUGGAACUGUAGUUAGUUGGGAAGAAAACAUCUGGUUCAUCCACAAGAUCAUCCCAACUGUCGACAGGAUGCUGCACUGCUUUGUUUCUGAAAAUAUGACAAUUCAAGAAAUGAGUACAAGUCUUUCUCAACAAGUAGAGCUGACAACUCUGUCCCAAAUUACUGGACUAGAAUCACGUUCCUCCACAGUGAUGUCUAAAAGCAUGCCUGUCUUUGCAAAUGGUUACACAACCACAUCAUAUUUCUAUACAACAUCUCCAUCUCUGGAAACAAUGACUGCACCUAAACUUUUUAAGACAUCUGUGGUAGAGACAGCUACAUUGGCAGCAGAAGUUUUGUUUGCUUCAGCAUACUUCACUCUACCUACCCAGAGUACCUCCACAGGCAAGACUACCAAUUCCAUAAAAAUAACUAUAGUUCUACCUUCAGAAAGUGCAAGUACAACAAAAAUGACUGGUGCCAUGGACACUGAGACCUUUUAUCCAACUAUGGCUACUAAUUUCCCAACCACAUCUGGAUUUAUCAAGAAUUCAAUUAUGUCCCAAACUCUAGCAAUCGAAUUUCAGUCAGCCAUUAUGAGGCCAACAUCUUUAUUCUCAACCAUUGAGUCAAUAUCCAUAUCUACAACAUCUUGGCCCAAACAUAGAACCAUAGAUAUUGGAGCACUCUCCACAGCUGGAUGGGAAUUUCUUGCAUCUGCAGCUGCUGGGGAUACAUCUUGGUCAAUAGUAGAACAGGCUUCAUCUACAACUGCUCACAUUGGGACUGCAUCUACAUUCCCAUCUGAGUCUGUGCUCAUCUCCACUGUUGCUCUAGGGGAUUCUGUAUUUCCUAGAAAUCAGACAGCAUCUACCUUGGCAACAGCUGAUACAGAAAUAGCAUUUUCAGUUCAUUUGGUGACACUCCCAACUAGGCCUAGUCAGAUCACACCUUCCCUAAGAACAACUAAGCCAGAAUCAACAACUGUAAAUGUGCAGGGCAUUUCUUCACCUACAGUGGAGGGUGCCAUGUCUAACUCCAUGUCAGAAAAGAUCUCUUUUAUGGCCCUUUCUUUUGUGACACCCUCCACAUUCACAGGAACACGGAGUUCACAGCCAGGUAUUAAUUCUGAGCCUACACACAUAGCCUUAAGUCCUGGAAUCCCAUUUACACCUACAAUGGCUGAAACUAUACUUUCUCCCACAAGCACAAGGCCAAUACAUACCCAGAAUACCAUCACAGGUGGUGAACACAUGAUUACUCUGAUUUCCUCUAGGUCAGUUUCCACAUCCAAGGCAUCUGAGUCAAAUCUCACAUCAAUAACUGAUGAAUAUGCCCAUCUAUUCUCCACCAAUGAGACUACCUGGACUGCCAAACCAGACCAGAAAUCUAUGAAAACAACCAACUUACUGACAUUUGUGCCUAGUGAAAAUUUUACAUCAGCAUCCCAUGGGAGUACUACCAAUACAGAACAUUCAUCCACAGCUACUAAAAUUAUCACCCCACCAGAAGCAUCCACAGAGGGUGUGGCUACCAGUACCAUUGAUGCUACAACAGGCAAAUAUACAGUGGCUCUAUCCAAAUUGACAUCUCCAUGGUUUGCUAAUUUCUCCACAGUUCCUGGAACCCCAUCUGUGACUAAUACGCCUGAAUUUAAGCUUACUACCUUACCACUAAAAUCCAGCUCUAUGUCCACAGUAGUAGCAAAUGAACUUUCUUUAAUAACAAAAGGGACCAUUGUUCCACCAGUAGGCAUAAUAUCUACCCUUGCUAAUGUUAAACCAAAUUUUUCUACUAAAGACAGCCCUUCUGAGACUACCCAAACAGAAACAAAUGGUACAAGUACAUUUGGAGAUACAACAGUGCCUGUGCCAAAAUCUGCAACAACACGAAGACUCAAUGCUACCAUGACAAAAGAAAUAAUUUCCCCUUAUCUUAAGGGAAAAUCAACUAUAUCAGCAAUAACUGAGGUUUCUCCAUUUUCAACAAUGCUGGAAGCGACAGAUGAAUCAGCACAAAUGAUAACUGCUUCUGUCUCUGUUUUUCCUUUUCCUGUUAUAGAAAAGUUGACCACCCCAUCAGGCAAUAAACCUGCAACUAUUGAAGUGAAAGAAAGUUGGCUUUCAACAAAACUGAUGAAUAGCACACCUAAGAAUUCAUACAAUGCAACUACAGAAAUUUUUAAUUCCAUCCAUAUCUAUUCAACACCUUGGACUUCAGAGACACCUGAAGGGAAUUCAAAUCCAUCUCUCAAUCCUGGGAACACGCAGACAUUCCCUGAAGCCCUGGGUGCUUCCACCACAAGGAUAUUUGGGACUAGUUUUACCACUACUCCUACAGACAAGUCAGCUAUGUCCUUGUCUGCUAGUAUCUUACUUCCAUGGUCUUCAGCUACUCUUCCCUCAGCAACUCUUACACCUGUUAGCCACAUGUCCUCACUGCCAGUUAAUGUCUCUGCUGUCACUUCUAUGAUGGUGUCUGACAAGAUCAAGGUGAUCAUGCCUGAGCCCUCUACACUGGCCAGGGCUUUGUCUAUCUCUGUGCUCUCAGAUGUCUUGACUCUGUCAUCAGCUACAAAGACCAAAGCAUUGGUACCACCUUUGGCUCAGACUGCUUCUACACCCAAUGACACUCUGCCUACCCACAGUGACUCAAUUCAUACCACUACAAUGACCUCUGCCAGGUUGACACUCAUAGAAGUGCCCUCUCUGGCAGAAAAUCCAGUCCCCUCACUGAGAACCCCUACUCCUGUUACAACUAAGGCUGAGACCACCCUUCUCUCCACUUCAGCUGCCAUAGUAACUCCAUCCACAUACUUUGCUGUCUGCUCAAAACUCCCUCCUGACAACAUUUCUAGUGUGUCCUCCACUCCUGUGACUUCAACUAAGUCUGAACUGGUGGUGACUCAAUCCAUAUCUCUGGCAGAGGAGACUUCUACCUAUGAACCAAGCUUCCCAUAUAGCCUCAGUGCCAGUGAAAAUGUUGUUAGUCUGACUACUGGCAUCACAGAAACUUCUGCUAUUGAUAGGACCAAGCCACUGCCCACCUCUGCCCACAAGCCUGCUACCUCCAUAGACAUCCAUACUUCUCAAUCUUCCACACAUCAGGUAGAUGCGCAAGUCUCCACCCAACUGGAGACUGGCCUCUCUACCUUAUCUUCUGAUGAAGAGCAGAUGAUCACCUCCCCAGGAAAAACUCCUAGAACUAUGGAGGUGACAGAAAUGUCCCCAUCAACAAAUUGUUUUAUUUUCUACUCCCAGGGCAUUUCAACAUUGGAAAUGUCAGAUGCAGGAUUUUCUGAGAUCCCCCAGAUCUCCAGCCAUCAAACACAUUCAUCUUCAGAGAUUCCACUUGGAACUCCACCUAACGGGGACUCAGUUUCAUCUUCCAUUCCUGGGAGCCCACAGACUAUACCUAUCUUGACCUCAAGUAAUACCGUAGAUGUUCACCUUUCAGAAAUGUAUACCAGUCACAGGAAAACAGCUCUCCCUUCACAAGAUCUUACAAUCAUCACUUUGUUGCAUCCUGAAAAAGAAAGCACAAGUGCCCUUUCAACACAUAAUCCCAGGACUAUGGAAACUGUAGUCAGCUCCACCCCUGUGACUCAGCCUAUCUCAUUCCAUCUGGAUACUUCAUUUGUGGAUACCACAACUUCCAGGACAACCAGAAUAUCAAAUUCUGUGAACAUCAACAUAAUUCUUUCACACUUCCUUUCACUUAGGACUCAGCCUGGCAUGAUUUCAGUUGCUCCUUCCAUUUCUGAAAGCACACAUACUUUUCCCAAGCCUUUGUCUCCUUCCACUACUAGAGUUUCUAAUGCCAACUUUACAGUGAUCACUACUGAUGGGACCUCUUCAGCCCUUUCCAUUCCAAAUGUACCUACAACACUUCUUGGAAAGGCCUCUAAGACAACAUCCAAUCCUAUUUACCAGAUGUCCUCAUUGCCAGUUAAUAUCACUUUCCUGACCUCCAAACAGGUUUCUUGCACCACUGACAUGUUAAUGACUAAGUCUUCUAAAACAACACACACAGGUUGUUUGAAAAGUUCCUCUAUAGACACUUCUGGGCCUAUGUCUGAGAUGCCCUCAGUGUCAGUUAAUGACUCUACUUUCUCAUCUACAACAGUUUCUUCUGAUACUUCCUCAUCAGCUGGAUCAUCCUCUAUAUUAUUGUCUUCAAUUACCCCUAGUACUACAAUGACAAUACAAACAUCUGCAUUGGAUGUCACACCUCUGGCUUAUGCUGGACCAACUUCAAAAAGUACAAUGACUUCCUCUGCUUUCACUGCUUCAGAAACAACAGAGGUAUCUUCCAGGAUAACAGCUGAAUUCCUUUCCUUUUCAACAGAGCCAAAUUUCCCCUCUGUGAAAACUAUUCCAAUGUCUACUGUGACUGAGAUAGUGACUCCAUUUGUAGACAUCACUGCCUCCUCUUUACUCAGUUAUAAGAACACGGAAGCUAUUUCCUCAAUUCCAAAGACCAAAUUUUCACCACUUCAAUCAACAACCCAACAAUCAUCACCAACAGAUGAGGCUGCAACAGCAGGCAUGUUACCUGGAAUUGCUAACAGCUCCCUAUCCACUCUAAGCAAUGGUAGAAUAACAGCUCAGCGAAGUACUUAUUCCACAAUGGCUGUCCUUGAAAGUGUACUUUCACCUACUCCUUCAGAUAAUCUUCAUACUUCCUUGAACUUUCAGGUUUCCCCACCUUCCCCAUCUUUGACUAGCUUUAAGAACACUCCUGGACCCACAAAAAAUAUAAAAGGUGCCACCUAUACUACAGGAAAGAUGAAUUCUUUGUUAGAAAAUACUUUCACAGCUGAACUACCAAAAAGUGCUACAUCUGUGAACAUCCCUGUUUCAUACCCUCCAUGGAUUCCAUCCAGUGCAACUCCAUCCUCUUGGGCAUCAUUUUCUUACUCACCUCAUAGUACUGAGACCGAGUUCUCUAUUACAAAUAUUUUUUCUCUUCUAACAUCAGAAAUGGUUGAACUUCCACUUCUGGGAAUAAUAAUUACAUCUAAUAACACCCAGUCUCUUCCUAUGACUUUGUGGAACACACUCACAACAAAAGAUUUUCAGUUUCCAGUUUCCACUACUACUUAUGCCGCUACAACCAAUAAGGUGGAAACAGAGCCUCUAUCCCUUGCUUCUGGGUCUUUGUCAACAUUCACAGCCUCUCAAAUGGACCCAGUAUUUAGAGAUGUUAGGACGGUACCAUCAAUUCUUAUAUUAGAAAUUUUUCCUACCUUUGGGCUUUCUGGGGGCCCUUCAUUAUCAACAUCUUCAAGAACUAACCCUACCACUUUGGCUGAUAUUAAGAACACAUUUGAGAAAACAAUCACAUCUGGAACUCCUAGGACCACAUUCUCUUCAAGUUCUUCUGAUGCCACUUCAAGAUCUAUAAUCACAAAGGUCACUACACCUGUGCUGACUUGUAUCUUACCUAGUUUUCCUUCAGGUCCCCCUCUGACAACUGUAUCUAAUGCUCCUCAUGUUAUAACUUCCACUACAGUGGAGGGCUCAAAAUCCACAUUUAGGACUUCUGACAUGAUACCAGCACACCCAUUCGCCAACUUUACAACAUUACCCUUUGUUACUAAAAGCAUAUUACUCAGCAAGACCACUCCUACACAUACAAUGGAUGAUAUCACCACUAGUGUCCCAAUUUUUCUCCCUAUGUCUACAAAAUUCACAGAUGACAGUGUAUGCAUUUCUACAUCCCCAGAGGCAUUGCCCAGAACUACUGUGAGUGCUGAUCACAGGACUUUGUCCCAAUCUCCAUUCUUUAGUACAAUGAGGAUAUCACCUUCUACAACUGACUACCCCCUAUCUUUUGAUUCCAUGCAUUUGCCUAGCCCCACAAUAACAUCUGCAUGGAGCAGAAUACCAGCUGCAUCAGCAUCCCGUACUUCAAUUUUUUCUAAGCCCACACCGGACUCCCCAAUAAAUGUAACCACUGCUAUUUUUGCUGCUACUGGAUCCUCAUUUUCACUCAUAUCCACUGGAGAGACACAUAAUUCUAUACUGACUGUGUCUCCAUUAGUUUUUUCCUCUUUUGAGACAACCUGGAUGGACUCCACCCUUUCCUCUCCGUCUACAGAAGCAUUGACUUCACUGAUUGGCACCAAGUGCACAGUUUCCUUCUAUAAUGUUGAAAUGAGCUUCUCUAUCUUUGAUGAAGAGCCAAGGAUCCUUAUUACCAGUCUUAUUCAUGAAUUUGCAGAAGACUGGUUGAAUUCUAUAUUUCAAGACAGUGAAUUUUCUCUUGCUAAUCUGGCUAUCCAAAUUAAAAACAAAGACACUUGUGAGGAAGAAAUGGCCAUAUACCAAGCUGUUGUAAGUAAGAGAGAAUGGCAAAGAAUGGCUACGAGUUCCCAUGUACCAUACAGCUGUGUUUCUCAGGUCAUCAUAAAGGCCAACUCUUCUUUAGCACCCAGGGAAUUGAUUGGCAGGAUCAGAAGUAAAGUACAUGGCAAUCGCAAGCAUGGGAACUUCACCCAAGAUGAACUGACAUUAUUAGUAAAGUCGGAACAUGUUGCAGUGAGAAAACUAGAGCCGGGAAAGUGCAAAGCCAAGGAAACAGCCUCUAAAUACAAAGGGACAUAUAAGUGGCUAUUAACCAACCCUACCGAGACAGCCCAAACUGGAUGCAUCAAAAAUGAGGAUGGAAGCACCACUAGAAUCUGCUCAAUCAGCAUUGACACAGGCAAAUCUCAGUGGGAAGAGCCAAAGUUUAAGCAAUACAAAUUGCUUCAAGGACUUCCUGAUAAGAUUUUGGAUCUUGCUAAUAUCACCAUAAGUGAGGAGAAUGCAAAUGAUGUGGCAGAGCACAUUUUAAAUUUGCUAAAUAAAUCCCCUCCUCUGGAUGAAGAAGAGACAAAGAUUAUUGUUUCUAAAGUGUCUGAUAUUUCACUAUGUGAAGAAAUAAGUAUGAACUUAACCCAGCUUAUGUUACAAAUCAUCAAUGCUGUUUUGGAAAAGCAAAAUGAUUCUGCCUCUGAUCUGCAUGAAGUAAGCAAUGAGAUUCUGAGGCUAAUCGAGCGUGCUGGUCACAAGAUGGAGUUUUGGGGGAGGACUGCAAAUCUGAUGGUGGCCAGACUGGCUUUGGCCGUGCAGCGGGUGGACCACAAGUUUGAAGGUGUGACCUUCAGCAUUCGCUCCUAUACAGAAGGCACAGACUCUGAGAUUUACUUAGGUGAUGUCCCUCCAGGGAAGGUUUUGGCCUCUAUAUAUUUGCCUAAAUCACUGAAGAAGAGGCUUCGUGUUAACAACUUACAGACCAUCUUGUUUAAUUUCUUUGGGCAAACUUCCCUCUUUAAGGCCAAAAAUGUCUCUAAAGCAUUAACCACAUAUGUUGUGAGUGCCAGCAUUUCAGAUAUGUCCAUUCAAAACUUGGCUGACCCUGUGGUUAUCACUCUGCAGCAUGUAGAAGGACGUCAGAAAUAUGAUCAAGCUCAUUGUGCUUUUUGGGAUUUUGAGAAAAACGAUGGGCUAGGUGGAUGGAAUUUGUCAGGCUGUAAAGUAAAGGAAACAAACGUAAAUUACACAAUCUGUCAGUGUGACCACCUCACCCACUUUGGAGUUUUAAUGGAUUUAUCCAGGUCUACAGUGGAUGCAAUGAAUGAACGGAUAUUGGUGCUUAUAACACACACUGGAUGUGGAAUUUCCUCAAUUUUCCUGGGAAUUACAAUGAUGACAUACAUAAUUUUUCACAAACUUCGGAAAGAUUAUCCCUCCAAAAUCCUGAUCAAUUUGUGCACUGCAUUACUGAUGCUAAACCUGUCAUUUCUGGUCAAUUCCUGGUUUUCAUCAUUUCAGAAAGUGGGACUUUGUAUCACAGCCGCGGUGGUACUUCAUUAUUUCCUGCUUGCUUCUUUGACUUGGAUGGGCCUGGAGGCAGUCCACAUGUAUUUUGCUUUAGUCAAAGUCUUCAACAUAUACAUUCCUAAUUAUAUCCUUAAAUUUUGUCUAGUUGGUUGGGGAAUUCCAGCCAUCACAGUGGCAAUCAUACUCAGUGUGAGAAAAGAUCUGUAUGGAAUUUUGAGUCCAGCGACUCCAUUUUGUUGGAUUAAAGACGAUUCCAACUUUUACAUCUCAGUGGUGGCUUAUUUUUGCCUCAUAUUUCUCUUGAAUUUCUCCAUGUUUUGCACUGUUCUGGCUCAGCUGAAUUUCAUGAAACUCCAGAGCCGGAAGACCCGGCGGAAGAGGAUCCUGCAUGACCUCAAAGGCACGACAAGCCUGACAUUCUUACUUGGCCUCACCUGGGGUUUUGCCUUUUUUGCCUGGGGACCCGUGAGGAUCUUUUUCUUGUAUCUUUUUGCCAUUUUUAACACUUUUCAAGGCUUCCUCAUUUUUGUGUUUUACUGUGUGAUGAAGGAGAGUGUGCGGGAGCAGUGGCAGAUACUCCUCUGCUGUGGGAGGUUGCGUCUGGAUAACUGUUCUGAUGGGAGCAGCAGAUAUGGGAUAAACGUUGGAUAUAAGCAGAAGAGAAUGAAGAAAACCUCUAAGCACAGAUUAUUGACAGCAUCCCUCAAUUCAACUGCAACUAGUUCCACUUACAAAUCUUUGGGCUCUGCACAAGGCAUUCCUUUAGAAAUAAAUUUCCCAAAUGAAGCCCCAAAUAUGAUAGUGACCAUCUGUAAUGACACAGCUCCCUGCAUUCAGGGUAUGACGAUAGAGGAGGUAAAAGAGGAACUGAAUGACAGACAAGUUUUACCCGGAAGGAACCCGAGAGGAAAGAGGCGGCGGUCGGGAGGAGGGGCGUGGGAGCAGCAACAGGUGCACGAGGCCCCACUCAGGGCCAGAGAAGCUCCCGGAACACGCCGGCCCAGGCGGCCAGAAGUUUGA